AAGUCUUUGAGUUCCAUAGUGAGGAAAGCAUUUCGACUUACCCCAUUGCCAUGGCAGAGGAGAUCGGGCACGAGUGUGGCUUCGCCCUGCUCCGACUUUUGAAACCUCCUGAGUACUACUUGGAGAAGUAUGGCACCCACUUCUUCGGCCUGAACCGCAUGCACUUGCUCAUGGAGAAGCAGCGCAACCGUGGCCAGGAUGGCGCAGGCGUGGCCAACGUGAAGUUGGACAUGCCGCCGGGCACCAGGUACAUGCACUGCGAGAAGUCCAUCGCGGCAGAUCCCAUCGGGGACCUCUUCGGCCGGGUGGAGAAGCAUGCAACCGCGAUGCUGCAAAAGGCCCCUAAGGAUGCUCGGCUGCCAACCGGGCCUGAGGGCAAGGAGCAGGUGGACCCGCGAUGGGUAAAGGAUAACAUCCCCUUCUGUGGGGAGGCAUACCUGGCCCACGUGCGCUAUGGCACAGACAGUGAGAACAGCAUCGAUCGAUGCCACCCCGUGAUUCGUGAGAGUAAUUGGAUGACGCGGAACCUGAUGCUGGCGGGCAACUUCAACAUCACCAACAACGAGGACCUCUUUGGCAGCCUGGUUCAGCUUGGUCAGCAUCCCCGGGAGCUCUCCGACACGGUCAUGCUUUUGGAGAAAAUCGGGCACUUUGUGGACAAGGAGAACAACGACCUCUACGUUAAGUACUCCGCAGCUGGGCAUAGCCCUCAGACAUGCUUCAGCCUCAUCGCGGAGAACAUUAACAUCGCCAGGAUCCUGCGAAGGGCCUCCAGCCUUUGGGACGGCGGAUACUGCAUUGCAGGCCUGCUGGGACAUGGUGACUCCUUCGUGAUGCGAGAUCCGAGCGGUAUCCGCCCAGCAUUCUAUUAUGCCGAUGAUGAAUUCAUCGCAGUUUGCAGCGAGGCCCCCCUAAUCCAGACGAUCUUCAAUGUGAAUGAGGAGAUGGUGAAGCCCCUGCCACCUGGGCAAGCACUUUGCAUCAAGAGGAGUGGCGCUUGGGCUUUGGAGCAGAUUCUGGUGCCCCUGCCGCUGAAGCAGUGCUCGUUCGAACGGAUCUACUUCUCUCGGGGCAAUGAUGCGGGGGUCUACCGGGAGCGCGAGGAGCUGGGGCGUUUGCUGCUGAAGCCCUUGAUGAAGCUGCUGGAGACCCAGAAGUUGUCCUUGGCCAACACGGUGCUGUCCUUCAUCCCCAACACCUCGGAGCUGGCCUUCCUUGGCCUCGCCAAGCAGGCCCAGGACCACCUGGACGCGCAGAAGGCAGAGAUCUUCGCCAGCCUGAAGACCAAUGGGGACGCACUGAAACUGGACGACCGGAAGCUGCAGGAGCUUCUAAGUGCCAAGGUCCGCACAGAGAAGGUUGUUCACAAGGAUGCCAAGAUCCGAACCUUCAUCCAAGAAGAUUCCUCGCGAGAGCACCUCACCAUGCAUGCUUACGAUGUGCACUAUGGCACGGUGCGGCGCGGCCAGGAUGCCAUUGUGGCACUGGACGACUCCAUUGUCCGAGGGAACACCCUCAAGAACGCCAUUUUGCGGACCUUGGACAAGAUGGGCCCCACCCAGAUCGUCGUGGUGUCCAGCUGCCCCCAGAUCCGCUUCCCCGACGUCUACGGCAUCGACAUGGCCAAGCUCGGGGACCUGGCGGCGUUCAAGGCGGCCAUCGGACUCUUGAAGGAGCGGGGCAUGGAGCACAUCGUGGAUGAGGUCUACAAGUCGUGUCGCGAAGAGCUCAAGACGCCCUUGCAAGCCGGGCGCAUGGUGAACCAUGUUCAGAGGAUUUACGAGCCCUUCACCCCUGAGGAGAUCUCGCUGCGCAUCGCGAAGGACGUGAAGCCUGUGGACUGCAAAGCGGAGGUCCAGGUGUUGUACCAGAGCGUUGAGGACUUGCACAAGGCGCUGCCAGACCACAGCGGAGAUUGGUACUUCACCGGCGACUACCCGACUCCGGGCGGCGCCCGAGUUUGCUGCCGCGCCUUUGCUCUUUGGAUGGAGGGCAGCAGCCAGCGCUGUUACGGAAUUCACUCAGCUCUGAGCUUCUUGAAGGCCCGGCGUCCCACCCUGGUGCUGGGCAGCGGGGGCCGGGAGCAUGCGCUGGCCUGGAAGCUGAGCAAGAGCCCUGAGGUGUCAUGUGUCUUCGUGGCCCCUGGCAACGGCGGCAUCGGCAACUCCUAUGGCACCCAGGCGGAGCAGUUCGAUUCCGCGCCUGUGGUGAGCGUGGAUCUGUCCAUCGUUGCCCCCUUUACCGACGUCAUCGCUUUUUGUCGCCAGCACGAGGUGGGCUUGGUGGUGGUGGGGCCAGAGCAGAUGCUGGCCGACGGCUUGGCGGACAAGCUGCGGGAGGAUGACAUCCCAGUGUUUGGGCCCAACAAAGCAGCGGCACAGAUUGAGGCGUCCAAAGCUUUCGCCAAGGACUUUAUGCAGCGGCACAAGAUCCCCACGGCAGAGUACCAGACCUUCAGCACCAACGGCGCUGGGGGCCUGGAGGCGGCUCUGAAGUACAUCGACACGGUGUCCUUUGAUGUAGUGGUCAAGGCGAGCGGCCUGGCGGCUGGCAAAGGCGUGGUGGUGCCGGAAUCCAAGGAGGAGGCGAAGCAGGCGGUGCGCGACUGCAUGGAGAAGCAAGUCUUCGGUGCAGCAGGUACGGAGGUGGUCAUCGAGGAGCGGAUCUUCGGCCCCGAGUGCUCCGUGCUGGCGGUUUGCGACGGGCACCGCAUUGCAGUGCUGCCCCCAGCCCAGGACCACAAGAGAGCCUUUGAUGGAGAUCAGGGUCCCAACACAGGUGGCAUGGGUGCCUUCGCGCCUACGCCGGUUGUGAAGGAGGAGAUGUUGGAGCAGAUCAGGAAGGAGAUCCUCGUUCCAACGAUCAACGGCCUCCGGGCAGAGGGCAAGCCAUUUAUCGGCUGCCUCUUUGCCGGCUUGAUGAUUACUCAGAACGGGCCCAAAGUCAUCGAGUUCAACUGCCGCUUUGGCGAUCCCGAAACCCAGGUGGUGUUGCCGCUCAUCGACUGUGACUUCUACCAUCUGCUCAGCUCCUGCGCCAAGGGCGAGCUGAAUCCCGACAAGGCGUUCCAAGUCUCGGAGGACUCUUGCGCAGUCACAGUCGUCAUGGCGAGCGGCGGUUACCCAGGGUCUUACGAGAAGGGUCACCUUAUCUCGGGCCUGGAGCGGGCUGCAAUCGUGCCGGGGGUGACGGUUUUCCACGCUGGCACCAAGCCGGUGGAUAACUCCGGGAUCUCCCUGACGCUGACCACCACUGCCGGAGCUGCGGCUUUGCAGCGCAUGCUGCACCACCGCACCAUGACCCGGGGCGUCAUGAAGCCCACCUCGGUGGUCACCUCGGGCGGCCGCGUGCUGGCGGUCACCGCGGUGGCCCACGGGGGCAUCUCCGAGGCCCGGGAGCGCGCCUACGUGGCGGUGCGGUCCAUCCGCUUUCAGGACAGCUUUUACCGCAAAGACAUCGGCAGCUCCGCCAUUGCCAUCCCCCGGCCGCGCAUUCGCAGCGGGGGGGAGCUGGCCACCAUGGGGGGCCGCCAUGUGGUGCCCGACAGGAAGAGCAGCGCAACGUACCUGGACGCCGGGGUGGACAUAGAGAUGGAUGAGGCCAUCGGCGCAAGCACCAAGAACCUGAUGCUCCGCACGCAGCGCGCGGGGUGUGAACUCUCAGCAGGGGACGAGGGCAGUCACUUCGACAUCAACACCUUGUCCUACAAGUCCCCUGGUGUCGUCAGCAGCACCAACGGCAUCGGCACCAAGCUCAAGGUGGCCAGUGCCAUGGGCCAGUUCCGGAGCAUCGGCACGGACUUGUUGGCGCUCUGUGCCAACGAUGUGGCAGCGCGAGGGGCAGAGCCGGUGACCUUUGCCAGCCACCACUCUUGCGCCAAACUGGACUCCCACCAGGCGCUGGAGAUGAACCAGGGAGUGGCGGAGGGCUGCAAGGAGGCGGCCUGCGCCUACAUGGAGGCCAAGACUGCAGAGAUGCCUGGAGUCUACAACUCCGGGACCUUCGACCUGGUCGGCUUUUGCUGUGGUGUGGCGGAGAAGAGGGACCUGCUGCCCAAGAGGGAGGCAAUGGAGGCGGGGGAUUUGCUCAUCGGCCUUCACUCCUCGGGUCUCCACAGCAACGGCUUCAGCCUGCUGCGGUCCGUGGUGCAAGCGGCCGGCAUUCGCUACCAGGCAGCCGCUCCCUUCGACCCCACCCGCUCCUUCGGGGAGGUGCUUCUGGCGCCCACCCGCAUCUAUGUACAGCCCCUGCAGGCCUUGUCAAGGGCGGGCCUGCUGAAGGGCGCAGCGCCAGUAACGCGGGGCGGCCUGUCCCGCAGCAUCCCCCGGGUGUUGCCCAAGACGCUGAAAGCGCAGCUCAAGGCGGAGGCUUGGGAGCUGCCUCCGGUCUUCCGAUGGAUCGCGGCCAGGUGCAAGAUCCCUUGUGACGAGUUGGCAGCCACCUUCAACUGCGGCAUUGGCAUGGUGCUGGUGGUUGCCAAGGACAAAAAGGAGGAGGUCAUGUCCCUUCUGAAGAAGAUGGACGAGGAGGCCUGCGUCAUCGGAGAGCUGGGGAAGCGCUCGGACGGGCAGCCCCAGACGCACAUCGACGGGGCGGAGAGCUGCUGGCUGAUGCUCCCGGAGCUCGGAGUUUCGCUGCCCUUCCCACAGGUCUUGUCCUCCCUGCAGGAUCCGCACAUGGUCUCGCGGCAGCACUGUGUGGUGCUGGGAGGCACCGCCUUGGCCACGCCCCUCAAGGCGUUGCUGGAGGCCACGGAGAUUUGGGCCUUCCCCGCGGAGGUCAGCGCUGUCAUCAGCCUGAGCUCCCAGAGCCCAAUGGUGAAACUGGCCAAGACGGCGGGCCUUGCCACCUUCGUGGUGGAGCAGGAGCUGCAGGUUGGGGGCAACGCCUUCGCCCCACCGCCGCGACAGUCAGCCACGGACGUGGAGCAGCUGCUGGAAAAAUGCCUCGAGCAGCACCGGGCGGAUCUGCUGGUGGUCAUGGACGACUUCAGCUUGGAGCUGCUGCCUGCCAGCUUGCGGCAGCGCUGGGCGGGCAAGCUGAUCGAUGUGCGCGCCUCCUUGUUGCCGCGCAACGGCGCUGAUCCCUUGCAGUCGGUGCUGGAUGCGGGCAUGUGCGUGACGGGGUGCACCGUUUAUAUGCAGACGGAGGAGGGCGAGGAGAUCAUGCUGCAGGAGACGGCGAGGGUCAUGGACACCGACACGGUGGACAGUUUGCACGAGCGCAUCGUGGAGGACGCCGAGUCCAAGGCCCUGCCGGAGGCGGUGCGGCUGGUGGCCUCCGGCAAGUGGAAGAGUCGGAGGUUGGCACCAGCAGCAACGGCGGCGGCAGCAGCAGCAACGCUUGCCUCGUCCGUCCCGUCAUCUGCCAAGAUGGACGGAGAUGCCAAGCGAUACGAGCAGCGCGGAGUGUCGGCAGACAAGGGUGACGUGCACGCAGCCAUCAAGAAUAUGGACAAAGGCUUGUUCCCCCAGGCAUUUUGCAAGGUUGUCCCAGAUUUCAUCUCUCGCGACCCAACGCAAGCCAUCGUCAUGCAUGCAGACGGUGCUGGGACCAAAUCCUCCUUGGCCUACAUGUACUGGAAGAAGACUGGGGACAUCUCAGUUUGGCGCGGCAUUGCGCAGGAUGCGCUUGUGAUGAACCUGGAUGAUCUGCUUUGCGUGGGCAUCACUGACAACAUUUUACUGUCCAGCACCAUUGGCCGCAACAAGAACCUCAUCCCGCGCGAGGUCAUCGGCGCUGUGAUCGCUGGCACGGCCUCGCUAGUGGACGAGCUGAACCGCCACGGGGUGGGGAUCAUCCUGACGGGCGGGGAGACGGCGGACGUGGGGGACUUGGUGCGGACCAUCAUCGUGGACUCCACGGUCGCAGCGCAGAUCCCACGGAGAGAGGUCAUCGACAACGGCAACAUCCGCGCCGGGGAUGUGAUCGUGGCUUUGUCCUCCUCCGGGCGGGCGACCUACGAGGACUCCUACAACAGCGGCAUCGGCAGCAAUGGGCUCACCGCGGCGCGACACGACACCUUCAAGAAUUCCUUGGCGAAGGAAUUCCCCGAGUCCUUUGACCCCAUGAUGGCGAAGGAGCUGGUGUAUAGCGGCCAAGUGGGCCUGGAGGAUCCCAUCGACAUCCCAGGCUACGGGACCAUCCCGGCGGGGAAGCUGCUGCUUUCCCCCACCAGGACCUAUGGCCCCGUCGUCCAGAAGAUCUUUGCGGCCGGCCUGCGGUCACAGAUCCACGGCAUGGUGCACUGCUCAGGUGGCGCGCAGACAAAGGUGCUGCAUUUUGUGGACGGAGUUCACAUCAUCAAGGACAAUCUGAUGGAGACUGCCCCUGUCUUCAGACUGAUCCAGAAGAAUUCGGGCACGCCGUGGGAGGAGAUGUACAAGGUCUUCAACAUGGGCCACAGGUUAGAAGUGUACACCAACCCGGAGGCAGCUGCAAAGAUCAGCGACAUCUCCAAGUCUUUCGGCAUUGAGUCCCAGAUCAUCGGCAGAGUAGAGGCGAUGGAGCCAGGUCACAAGAAGGUGACCAUCAAGUCAGAGCACGGGGUCUUCCAGUACGGCUCCUGAGUUUGUGCAUAUUCGGGGGUUUGGUUUAUUUCAAAUGACGGCUGUUUGAAUAGCUGCUGCUCUUGUUUCGAUGCUGUCAGCGGUGGGUGCCCAGUGCACA